AUGAAUGUGGAGAGAUCUAAGUGUAUGAAGUUUUUGAAUGGUUUGAGACAUGAUAUCAAGAAGGCAAUUGGAUAUCAACAGAUUUCUCGAUUUGCGGAGUUGGUUAAUAAGAGUCGGAUUUAUGAUGAGGAUAGUAGGGAGAGUGUUUCUCACUACAAGGCUAUGAAUGAGAAGAAAGGUCAAUAUCAUGGAAAACCGUAUGAUAAUAAGAAGAAAGCUGGUUUUGGUGGAAAGCCAAGUGGGGGAGGAUCUAGUGUUGCGAUCAAGUGUUUCAAAUGUGGUGUUGAAGGACAUCGUGCUGUUGAUUGUCCCAAAGUUGAAAUGAUAUGUUUCAAGUGUGGCAAGAGUGGUCACAAGGCGACGGCUGUGAGCUUUCCUAAGUUGGAGAAUGAGGAAUUACAGCAAUUGAGUAAACCUAUCCAUAGUGAUGAAGUGCAUAAUGCCCUCUUCUCUAUGAAGCCGUGGAAAGCUCCGGGCCCGGAUGGAUUCCCCGAAGGUUUCUAUCAAAAAUCCUGGGAUAUUGUUGGAAUGAAUGUAACUCGAUUUGUCCAGUCGACAUGGUCCAAUCCUAGCUAUAUUGGUGAUUAUAAUAAAACGGAUAUUUGCCUUAUUCCAAAGUAUGAACAAAAAGAAAGGAAAAAAAAGGUUUUUUUUGCCAUUAAGAUUGAUUUGGCAAAAGCUUAUGAUAAGCUUAACAGGGAAUUCAUUUGGAGGAUUCUAGUUGAGAUCGGUCUUCCCAAGAAUAUGAUAAUGCACAGAGUCUCGAAUGUAGAGACUAAUGUCAACUCUAAUGGAAGAAGAAGUGCAUUCUUUCGACCUCAGCGUGGUAUCCGGCAAGGUGACCCUAUCUCUCCGUAUUUAUUUGUGCUCUGCAUGGAAAAAUUAUCUCAUCUCAUCGAGCAGGCUGUUAACAAUAACGAGUGGAAGCCGUUUCGUAUUGGGACACAUGGGAAACACAUAUCCCACUUGAUGUUUGCGGACGACCUUCUUCUUUUUGGAAAGGCUUCUGAGAAGCAUAUGGUGAGUGUGAUGAAUACACUUCAGCAAUUAUGUAAUAUGUCUGGUCAAGAGAUAAGCCAGGAUAAAUCUAGCAUCUUGUUUUCUAAUAAUGUGCCAAGGAGUUUGCGAAACAGGCUUGUUGGAAUAACUAAUUUUCGUGAAGUCGAGAGCUUCGGCAAAUACUUGGGUGUUCCCCUUACAGGAAAAGCCUUGAGAAGACAAGACUUCAAUUAUGUCAUAGACCAAAUUGCAAGGAAGUUAUCUAGUUGGAAGGCUCAUCAUUUAUCGUUUGUUGGCAGAGUUACACUUGCUAAGAGUGUUAUGGAGGCAAUACCGAUUUACCCGAUGAUGACUAAUCUCUUACCGAAAGCGUGUAUUAAUGAUAUUCAUAAGCUUCAAAGAGGUUUUAUUUGGGGUGAUACUGAAAAUUCUAAAAAUUAUCAUGCGAUUAAUUGGGACAUAAUAACACGGGACAAAACGGACGGUGGCCUAGGCUUGAGAGACCUGGGAUUGAUGAACCAGGCUUGUAUCUUGAAGAUGGGCAGCAAAGUCAUCAAUCAGGAUCCUGACCUUUGCUGUAGUGUACUGCGUGGAAAAUACAAGACAACAAAUAUGUUGGAUAACAUGCAGUAUAAGCAAACGGAUUCUCAUGUGUGGAAAGCUAUUACGCGUAAUUUGCCAAAGCUUAAGGAAUAUGGCCAAUGGAUGAUUGGAGAUGGAACAAGUAUUAGCGCUUGGAACGAUAAUUGGGUCGAACCAGGAAAGAGUAUUCGGGACUACAACCUGAACAUCCCGAUGGAGCUGUGUGGUAUGAGAGUAAGAGAUUUGACUAACAAUGCGGGUGAUUGGAACUGGGAAAUAAUGACCGGCUGGAUGACAGCCUCAAUACAACAAAAAAUUGCAGCAAUUCUUCCUCCAUCUAUGGAACCAGCGGAUGAUAGAUAUAUCAUAGCAAGCGAGGAAGAUGGCUAUUGCUCUGUCAGUAGCAUAUACCGCAGCAUGCACUUAAAGGAGAUUGUUGCAGCCCUAAACAUAUGGAAAGCCAUAUGGGCGUUGCACGUGCCAGAACGGGUCCGAUUUUUUAUAUGGUUGCUUAAGCAUGGAAGAUUGAUGACUAAUUUUCGGAAGAGUAUGUGUGGUCUUAGUGAUGCUGGAUGCCCUCUUUGUGGUAACUCCUGUGAAACUGAAAUUCAUGCUAUGAGGGACUGCAAACUGGCGCGUAAUGUCUGGUUUAACCGUGUUCCUAGUAGCAUCGUGACUGAAUUUUAUAGUGCUAACUGGAAUGACUGGAUCAAUUUGAAUAUGAGGAGUAGACCACAUGAGGACGACAAUUGGAGGAAUAUUUGGGCUAUCGGGUGCCCUUCGCUCUGGACAUGGAGGAACAAGGAGACUCACAAUGCAACCUAUCAAAGGCCGAUUGAUCCUUUCCUACAUGUUAAAAAUAUUAUGCAGGAGUAUUUGAAAUCUAUGCAAUUAAAUGCAAAGAUUAUCAAGGAUUCUCAACCUAAACCGCAGAAGUGUUGGAGGCCUCCGAGGGCGCAUUUUGUCAAGCUGAAUGUGGACGGCUCGCGAACUCAUGAUGGUACCUCGGGGUGUGGUGGAAUCAUUCGAGAUGCGAAUGGUAAAUGGAUCGAGGUUACUCCAAAUUCAUUGGUUGAAAUUAACACUGAUUCUACAGCAACGGUUAAAGUGAUAAAUAGGGCAAGGCGGUAUGCCACUUGUUUUUCAAAAUUGGAGUAUGACAUUCUUCACUUGUUGGAUAAGAUUGAAACUGUCGAGGUUUCGUAUGCCCCGAGAGAAACGAAUGGUUGUGCGCAUGAACUUGCAACAGAUGGUAGGACUAGACAGGGUGGUCUUCAGAUUUUCCAAGAGAUUCCAGAAUUUUUACAAAAGCAAUUGAAACUUGAUCUUGACGGUUUGUCCGUGUCGGGUGUUGGUGUUGGAUAG